AUGUUUUUAAAAAAAUUUUUGUUUGUUUGCAUAGAUGGUUCUUGUAUGGCUGAAUAUUUACCUUUCAAAGAAUUAUUUGAACAUCUUGGAAAGUAUGUAUCGAAUGAAGAGCAACGCUGGAAACACUGUAUGCGCAUUAAGCGUUGUUUACCCAGUCAAGAUAAGUGUGGUGGCUACGGAAAGGAUCAAAGAUAUUUUGAAGGAGCAGUUAAAAUCCUCCGAAAUCAAGCCAACGUUGACUUCAAUCUAUUAAUGGCUGGUAAAUUGACCCUGGAAGAGACGAAUAAAGUUCGUCGAUGUGCCAUCAUGUCUGCAGUUCGCCUACCGUUAUUUAUGCAAGACAAAGAAAAAUAUUUGGCUAGUUUACGUACAAUAGCCCGGUUAAAUGGGAUUAAAAUUUUAGAACAAAACCAAGUGUCAAAAGCACCAAGUUCUCUGGGUUCGCGUUCAUCAGCUCCUGUAAAACUUUCACCGCUGUCUUCAACAAGUUCAUUUCUCACUCACAAGCCUAUCAACCAGUCGUCAGCUAGUAGAGCUUCACUUGGAGAAAAAAAUGAUAAGAAAUGCGAUAAACCAUCUCUCACCUACAAUCGGUCAUCAAAUAUCCACACACCAUCCGAAAAGAUCCAACUGUCACCAGCAUCCACCGAAUUGUCAGCUAAUCUUUCCAAGUUAAUAAAACCAAGCAAAAAAAAACAAGACCCUGAAGAGGCCAUCUCGCCUACAAAAGUCAACGGCGGUACUUCACUUCAUAGCCGUAUGAAAGGUAGAUUUUUAAAGUCAUUGGAUAAAUUUGAAUAUACACGAAAUGAAUUCAGCAAUGCGUUCACAUUUGUCGGAAAUAAAGACUGCACGGAGAAACCAAAAAAGCACAAGUAUCGAUUACUUUCACGUAGUAGUCAUAGUAGUACUGCGCUAUCCAAACAAUCCACUGACAACAAUCAACCACUUUACAACAACAACUUUGAAAAUGGUAUAAAAUUUCUCCCUAGAGGUGUUUGUGGUUGUCAAUUGUUCACGCAUGGUUCUUUUAAGUUCCCAGUGGAAAAUACCGUGGUGGUGACCGAUGAAGAUCCUAAUUGUACUGCGUCUACUGGGAACAGUGUUGAUGAUGAAAAAUGUAGCAUGGACAAUAACCCGAAUGGUUUAAACAAUAUUAGUGUACCUGUAGUGCUGGAAAUUGAUCUGAGGCAUCCAGUGGUUGGAUUAUAG